CUCUUACCACCACCAUCGUCCGGGCACCGCGAUGUUACGCUUCACACGUCCUCUACUCAGUGCGUUCACAAAGAACUCGACUGGGAUCACCGGCCUCAGAGUACAUCAUGACCCACUCCCUGAGCUGAAGAAGACAUACGAGGCGACGCUUCAGACGCUCUCCGCCAUCCCCUCAUCAUCCGUCUACCGGCAAGGCACGGAGGCACUCACACAGCACAAGCUGAAGGUCUUGGAGCGCGCGAACGGGGAUGUCACCGCGGUCGAGAAGGAGCUAGACGAGGGCCAGAUAGAGGAGCUGUUGGACGUUGCUCAGGAUGAGCUUUCACUCGCGAAUAAGAUAUUGGAGUGGAAGGCCUGGGAGCCACUAGAGGAGAAGCCCGCACCGGGUCAAUGGAGGUACUUCGGGAAGGAGGCUAAUGCGACGACAUCAGCUUAAUGGGUGUACUUGCAAUGCAUUACUCGUUUUCGUUGCCGCCUCAGAUGCAA